AUGAUUCAGGUGUUCAGCCCGGACAGUAGCAACCCACCAAGGCCCAAAAGACGAAGAAGGCCCGAAGGAGCUCUUCUCGCUCGCUGCUGUGCCGAAUGCCCAAACGCACGCAGGCGCCGCCUGUCCGCUGUCCUGUCCUCCGCCUGCCGCCGCCCUUCACCGGAGCGCUGUGCCCCCCACGCCGUCCUGCCCGGUCUGCCCCCGCCGGUUCGCACAACUGUGACCUGCCGCCGUUCCCCGGGCCCUCGGCAGCCCGCCUUCGCGCCGGUCAUUUUUGGCCCCAUCCGCCGUGCCGCCUGGUACCAGGACUGCCGCCCUGCUUCCGCCGGCCAGGCGCCGACGCUCGACGCCGAGGAGCGCCAGGUAGGGCACGCUGCUCGCCUCCGUUGCCGCUGGGUAAUUUCUACAGUAGUGCGGAGGGACCUGAAGCUGCUGCUUGGCGCCAAUCUCAUGGAGGUCAUCAACGCGGUGUUCCCUGUCAUCACCUGUCGUAAGCCGGCCAACACUAUUCUUGCUACGAACAGGCAGGGUAAGAGGAAGCCUGGUGCAAACCAUAGCCACUAUAAGAGGCUUUUGGGGGUUGCCCGUUUGCUGUCCCAGAUGGCUGAACCUGUUAUGAAGGGAGCAGUUCAGAUCAGCUUUUUACUUGCUAGAUCCUUUUUUGUAGAACUUUGCACUGCAGUGCUUGCUUUGCUUGCAAGAGUGAGGGUCCUGACCCAACAGAUUUUACUUGAUGUUGUAUCAGUAUACAACAAGGUUACUGAUCUUACAGAUAAAAAGCAGGCUGUUAAGAUCAGUAUUGAUAAAGUACAGGCUUUCAGAGAGUACUACCCCUCGAGCAACGAUCCCGGUACUAUCCUGGAGUGUGUAUGGGCGAAAGAUAAAUUUGUUUUGCACGAAAAGACAAAAGCUAGCAGUCUGAAAACCCAAGAUGAUGAUCUGAAGUCGUGCACCCCAGAUUCAUCAAUCCAGUAUGAGACCCUUGGACUUGUUAGUGAAGAGAUGGAAAACCUUGAUGGAGCAAACACCCCAGCCAAGCAACAACAGACUUCUCUGGCUGACCAACCAGAUAAAGCCACCCAUUGCGGCGAUGCUGGAGAUUCUCUCAGUGGGAGACAACUACCAAAUGAUCAGAACACCCCCGGUUCUCUCCUUGGCACGCCCCCUGCUGCGCCGACUCCACGAAGAGAUGCCAAGCCUGAUACGAGGAAGAGAGUGGCAUUCAUUGCGGUGGGGAAAACAAAAGUCACCAUGACACCGCCCGAAACAUCAUCCGUAGUUACCAAGAAGCAAAGGGUGUACACGAUUCGACAGAUCACCACAGAUCCUGCUUUGUAACUCUGAAAGAACAACCGGUAAUGAUGAGAUAAAGGGCUAUACAUAUGCACACCUUGGUAGAUGAUCGAUGUGUUAUCGUUGAUUUGUUGCAUUCUUACUGCAUCUCGCUUCGAUACCAAGAGAUUGUAUCUUUUAUCAUUGACCUCAAGUGUAUUUUUGUUAUCAAUUUGUUAACUUAA